AUGACUUGGAUUAUUUUUCUACUUUUUUGUUGUUUGAUACCUGCAAACUAUGGUAGAAGCAUUGCAGUGAACGAUGCAGAUGAAAAUGCAGAACAAGCAAAACUUAAUAGAUUCUUGAGCAAGAAGAGAAUCUUAAUCGAACUACAAGCUGAAAUUUUUGGAAUCUCCCUCCCACCAGCUAGCAAUGAAACCGAUAUUGACAAAAAUCCUUACAUAAUGGAAGGAGAUAUUGUAUACACUGAGGAACAAUUAGAUAUACUCAUAGAGGAUGUUCGGGGACAACUUUUUGCUAAAAAUCAUCCAGAAGGACCCAAGCAACUAUCACUUACUCCAAAUCUAGCCAUGCGAUGGACUAUGCCAAUUCCUUAUUAUUUUGAUACUUGGGUGAACAGGACAACUAUUCUAGCAGGUAUACGUCUUUGGGAACAGGAGACAUGUAUACGUUUUACCAGAAAAGACAGUAAACCUCCAGGAAACUCUAUUCAGUUUAUUACCGGUUCUGGGUGCUCUUCACCCGUAGGAAUGCAAGGAGGAGCUCAACCCGUGACACUUCAUCCUAUCGCAUGCAAUACUAUUGCCACAGUAGUCCAUGAAAUAGCUCAUUCUCUCGGAGCCUGGCAUGAACAGAGUCGCUCUGAUCGGGAUUCAUAUGUGGCUAUCUUGAGCGAUAACAUUCCGGAAGGUGUAUAUCCGGCUAAUUUCGGGAAAAAGUCAACCAUGGAUUAUGGAGUUGGUUACGAUUAUGGUUCUGUGAUGCACUAUGCCAAAAAUGAUUUUGCGAUUGAUACCAAAAAGCCAACAAUCAUUCCUCGUGAUCCGAUGAUGGAAAAUGUUAUCGGACAAAGAGUUGGAUUAUCUUUCUUUGACGUCAAAAGGAUGAAUCUAGCUUAUUGUAAUGCAAUUUGCAAAAAUACUCUACCAUGCCAAAAUUACGGAUAUGUGAACCCGAACAACUGUAACGUCUGCAAGUGCCCUCCACCGUAUGGUGGAAAACUGUGUGACCGUUUUCAACAAUCUGGUUGUGGUGAUUUCACACUUACCGCUACUUCGUCUUCAAAAACUAUUACUGCAUCCGGAGCUAAGACAUGUUAUUUUUUCAUUACGGCUCCACCAGGCAAGAAAAUUCAGUUUAAAAUGCUGGAUCAACGUCUUUAUGACUACUUGGGAUUAUGCAAAUACAGUUACGUUGAGGUCAAAGUGAAAAGGGAUUUCACAAAAUACGGACCUCGUUUUUGUAAACUCCCUCCACCUGUCCUACUGUCGGAAACCAAUGAAGCAAUGAUUGUGUUUCAAGGAUAUUUCUCAACUAACAGUUUCACUAUGGAAUAUCGCUCUGUUUGA